AUGCAAUUCCGUCCGAUUUUCCUCCUCGCCCUGGCGCCGCUGGCCCUGGCUUCCCCUGAGGCCCGGCCCAACCCUGUCGCUGCGCCCGCCCCUGAGCCAUCCACGGGACUGCUGGAGCUCCUGAGCAGUGCGGAGGGCCUGCUCACUCAAACGAAUAUCGACAAUCUCGACACCAUCAUCGGCAACGCGGCCAAGCUGCUGUCCGACGACAACCUCAACAUCCUGCAGGAUAUCCUGAACAACGCACACACUCUCCUGACCGCGCAAUUCGUGGAAAACACGACCACUUUGAUCGGUGAUGCCACUCCGUUGGUUGCGGAUGUGUCCCAGCUUCUCGGCACUAUUUUCACCUAG